CGGCAGGUUCAGCAGUCCAGAAGAAAGCAGCGAGGAAAGACACAACUUCCUGCAGCUCACAUGUACACAGAUAGCGUUAGACUCAAUAAUGUCGUCUCCAAAUAACAACGUUUCCACAGGUAGUGUCCUUCAAGAUGCCGGUUCAGACCCAAACGACGAGGAACACGACGAGUUGUGUCCUGGAUUUAAGGACGUGGACGCCUUCGUUAAAUAUGGACUGGGGGCCGUGUUAUCAGCCACCAAGGCGUCCGCUGGCUUGCCACAAACCGGAGAUGAAUACGAUUUCUAUCGCAGCUUUCCAGCUUUCCAGGAGUUCUGUGAAAGUCAGGGAGACAAGCUCCUGCACAGCAUGAGUCAGUUAAUGCAGCUCCAUGGCUGCAGAUCCCACAUGAGGGACCGGAGCAGGCUCACAGGACUGGAGGAGAGGUUUGACUUGGUCGUGGACUCAAAUGACAUCAUCCUGGAAAGAGUGGGGAUUCUUCUCGACGAGGCUGAUGGUGUGAACAGAAGCCAGCAACCUGUCAUGCCUGCCGGGUUUCAGCCUCCAAAGGUUGUUGUUUCCAGCUGGAAUCGCAAGAGUUCAGGCUCUGGCAGUCGUGCUGAGACCUUCCGGCUCAUCCACGCCAAGAAUGUUGCAAGGCCUCAGCUGAAAUUCAAGGAAAAAAUCGACAACAGCAACACACCGUUUAUUCCCAAGAUCUUCAUCAAGCCCAAUGCAAUAAAGCCUCUUCCUUCUUAUUUCACCAACAAACAAAUACGUAAAGAGCGACCCGAGGAUCUUGACGUUCCGGCUGCUCUGGCUGAUUUUAUUCACCAGCAGAGAACUCAGGAACACGUUGAAGACAUGUUUGCACACCCGUAUAAAUAUGAAUUGGAUCAUUUUACAGUACCAGAAAAUCUUCUGUCAAAGCCAGACAUUCAGAUGUACAAACCAAUGGCUGACACCAGUUGUGCCUUCAUCGACACUUUGGAGGAUCUGGUGACUCUCAAUGAGAAGCUUUGCCAAGUUUCGGAGUUUGCAGUGGACCUCGAGCAUCAUUCCUACCGGAGUUUCCUUGGAAUCACUUGUCUGAUGCAGAUCUCCACUAGAGAUGAGGACUUCAUCAUUGACACCUUGGAGCUCCGCAGUGAGAUGUACGUCCUCAACGAAGCCUUCACUGACCCAGCUAUUGUCAAGGUGUUUCACGGCGCCGACUCUGAUAUUGAGUGGCUCCAGAGGGACUUUGGCUUGUAUGUCGUCAACCUCUUUGACACGCAUCAGGCCAGCCGGACUCUGAACCUCGCCAGAAAUUCUCUGGACCACCUGCUCAAACAUUUUUGCAGCGUGGACUCAGACAAACGCUACCAGCUGGCUGACUGGAGGAUUCGACCGUUGCCAGAUGAGAUGGUGGAGUAUGCCCGGACAGACACCCACUACCUCCUUUAUAUCUACGACUCUAUGAGGGUGCAGCUGUUGGAUUUUAACCAUGGGCAGCCUGGACUGCUGCAGAGUGUCUGGAACAAGAGUAAAGACAUUUCCCUGACGAAAUAUGUGAAGCCCAUAUUCACAGAGGAAUCCUAUUUAGAGGUGCAGAGGAAGCAGAAAAAGUCUUUUAACACCCAGCAGCUCACUGCCUUCAGACUGCUGUUUGCCUGGAGGGACAAACUGGCCAGGCAGGAAGAUGAAAGCACAGGCUAUGUCCUGCCCACUCAUAUGAUGAGGAAGAUAUCUGAAGAGCUGCCCAAAGAGCCUCAGGGCAUCAUUGCCUGCUGCAACCCUGUUCCCCCGCUGGUGCGGCAACAGGUCAAUGAGCUUCAUUUGUUAGUGCAGCAGGCCAGAGAAAUGCCUCUACUUAAGGCUGAGAUUGCUGCUCAGCAGAGGAAGGGACUGGCACCCAUCAACAAGGUGAAGGUGACAUUGUUUGGUCCCCAUGAUACAUCCAGGGUCCCUGACACAAACCUGGACCACAUCACUCCUGUUGCUUCAGACCUGCCUGUUAAAAAAGGAGUCCUCUUCUCUGAAGAUGAGCACAAAGUAGACGAUGACCUUCAGAAAAUAAGGGGUCUCAUUGCACCAGCGAAAAUCACUCUGUUUGAGGACCGGGAAGCCAAGAAUGACAAAGGGAACCUCUCCAGUGCUCAAAUGAAAGCCAGACGUAUCAUUGAGUCCUUUGAAAACCCUUUCAGAAUGUAUUUGCCCCCCGGUGAUGUCCAUGUGAACGAAAAUGCCAAGUCUGACCCAUCUUCAAAAAUGUUUGAGAUCAGUAAACGGUGGAAACUGCAGAGUAUUGAACAGCAACAGAAGGAGCUGGAGGACAAGAGGAAAGCGAAGGAAGAAGCAAAAGAAAAGGCAAAGAAAAAAGCAAAGGAGAUGUCAGAGAAAAUGAAAAAAUCCAAAGAGAGCUACCAGGAGUCUCUGCAGAACGUUGCCACUGUUCGCCAGCAGGCAGCGGAAUCUGUAAAAGGUGCCGGAAAGAAAAGGGAGCGAGUCGCCAGUGAGGCCGGAGAGUCGACUCCCAAACCGAGUAAGAAGCUAAUGAAGUCAGCAGACAAGCCCCAAGAGACAGAAGCCCCGUCCCAAGAAGGCUUUACGCCCUUCGACUACAGUCAGACAAGCCUCAACAUCUUUGCUGGAGCCAAAUCAAAGGACAACACACAGUUUGAUCCCUACCGAACAGCCACUCGUGGCAGGAAUAGGAAAACGCCAAAGGGACAAAAAUCCAAUCGUGGGGAAGGAAACCGGAGCAUGUCGUACCUGAGUGGAAAGUCCGACCGGGGAUUCCAGCAUAACUGGCCCAAGAGAUAAGACUCUUUACUGCUGUUUUGUCUUAAUUUAAACUUGUUUUUGCUCUGCAGAAACAAUAGUUUCUUUUUUUUCAUUCCUGCAAGAGGACUUCAGUAUUUCAUGAUUUAAUGAGUUUCACUGUGUUUUUCCCCUGUUUACCCUGCUACUACAUGGAGUCAGAGACCUGUUUAUUAAACACAAUUUUAGAAAAGAAA